AUGCCUGGUAGAAUGAUCGAUCUUCUCGCCGCAAAUGCUGGGCGGGUAACUAAUUUACGACGAGUUACAUAUGUGGUGCUGGACGAAGCGGAUAGAAUGUUCGAUAUGGGCUUCGAACCUCAAGUGAUGAGAAUCCUGGGAAAUGUUCGGCCACAACGACAAACUGUUUUAUUCUCGGCCACGUUCCCCCGUAACAUGGAAGCCCUUGCGCGGAAAACGUUAGCAAAGCCCGUAGAAAUUAUUGUUGGUGGAAAGAGUGUUGUUGCACCGGAAAUUACACAGAUUGUGGAAGUACGCAACCAAGAUACUAAAUUUGUUCGACUUUUAGCUCUCCUGGGUGAGCUCUAUGCAGAUGACAAAAACGAGGAUGCGCGCGCAUUGAUAUUUGUCGAUCGACAGGAAGCUGCCGAUGGCCUGCUCCGAGACUUGAUGCAUAAGGGCUAUCCCUGCAUGUCCAUCCACGGAGGUAAAGAUCAAGUUGAUCGCGACUCUACAAUCGACGACUUCAAGGCCGGUGUGUUCCCUAUACUCAUUGCUACUUCCGUUGCAGCUCGUGGUCUGGAUGUAAAACAGUUAAAACUCGUCGUUAACUACGAUGCACCCAACCAUCUUGAGGAUUACGUUCACCGGGCCGGUCGUACUGGGCGCGCCGGCAACACUGGAACCGCCGUGACGUUUUUGACUGAAGACCAAGAGAGAUAUUCGGUGGACAUCUCCAAAGCAUUGAAACAGAGCGGGCAACCGGUUCCAGAACCAGUACAGAAACUGGUGAAUUCGUUCAUGGAAAAAGUUAAAGCGGGCAAAGAGAAGGCUAGUGGUUCUGGGUUUGGCGGCAAAGGACUGGAGCGUCUCGACCAGGAACGUGAUGCCGCUCGCAAUCGAGAAAGGAAAACAUAUAAAACCGGCGAAGAAGGUGAAGAGGAAGAGAGGGAGGAAAAGAAAGACAAGAAGGACGACCUAUUUUCCAAAGCAGCCUCUGCUGUCCAAGCCACGGCAACGCCGGCACCAACACCAGGCGUGCCUAAGAGCAUCGACCUCGAUGGCAAGAUUACUGUCCACAAGACGGAGAAACCUACUCCUACUUCGACUUCGACGAAUAAUCCUCUUGACAAAGUUGGCUCUGCGGUGGCUGAUAUCCAUGCCCGGUUGAACAAGGCUGGCGUGAUGAGGUCUGGCGUCCCUAUUGAUAAUAAGGGUCCUGACGCCGGAGCAUUCCACGCCACCCUGGAAAUCAACGAUUUCCCACAGAAAGCCAGAUGGGCGGUCACCAACCGUACCAACGUUGCCAAAAUCCUCGAGGCCACGGGCACGUCCAUUACGACCAAGGGCAGCUUUUAUCCUGCAGGCAAAGAACCACAGCCAGGUGAAAAUCCGAAACUCUACAUCCUUGUUGAAGGGGACACGGAAUUGGUUGUUACCAAUGCAAAUGCGGGAACUCAUGCGGCUGUUGAAGGAGGGAACCCUUGCUGCCGCGGACAGCGAAUCUCGAGCCCCAACAACCGGCAGAUAUAA